CCCGGACACCCAGAGAUUCGUUGCCGCAACGCAGCUACUUGCGUGGACCAUUCUACACUCGGUUUACGCACUCUAAGAGCCUGCGCUGUCGCAAGUGUCGCGCAUUUCACGACUUUAAACGCUCUGUUCGGAAGGCUUGAGGCGCGAUGUUGUUGGACGUAAAUAGGAAGCUCUUCAGCCGGUCCGAUCGUGUCAAGGGCGUGGACUUCCAUCCGACAGAGCCAUGGCUGCUGACCGGUCUAUACAAUGGCACCGUGAACAUCUACCACCUUGAGACAGGGUCGAUCGUGAAGACAUUCGAGUUUAUCACCCGCAAGAACUGGUUCCUGCGCAUUUUCAACUAUAACACGCACGAGAAGGUCAUCGCGUUCGAGGCGCACCCGGACUAUAUCAGAUGUCUGACUGUGCACCCGACGGCGAGCAUUAUAUUGACGGGGAGCGAUGACAUGACAUUCGGGCAUGGGACUGGGACAAGCAGUGGAGGUACCUACGAGGGUCACACUCAUUAUAUCAUGAACAUUGCGAUCAACCCGAAAGACCCCAACACCUUCGCGUCUUCAUGUCUCGACCGGACGGUCAAGAUGUGGUCAUUAGGCUCCUCCAGCCCCAACUUCACCCUCGAGGCGCACGACAAGGGCGUCAACUAUGUCGACUUCUACCCUGGUGCAGACAAGCCAUACCUCGUCACGGCGAGUGAUGACCGGACGGUCAAGAUCUGGGACUACCUCAGCAAAAGUUGUGUGCAGACACUAGAGAGUCACACGAACAACGUCCUCUUCGUCGAUGGCACGGUGAAGCUCUGGAACAGUGGAACGUACAGGCUGGAGAACACACUCAGCUACGCACUCGAGCGAGCAUGGUGUAUCGCAGUCCGGAAGUCGUCAAAUGAGAUCUCCGUCGGGUAUGAUGAGGGUGUCGUAGUGGUGAAGCUCGGCCGGGAUGAACCCACGUAUAGUAUGGACCCCUCCGGCAAGCUCAUCUACACACACAACAACGAGGUCCUCUCCGCAAACCUCCAAACCGUACAGGACGACGCGCUCGUAGAGGGUACUCGCGUCCCAGUCUCGAUCAAGGAGCUCGGCACGACCGAGAUCUACGCUACGGGGUUGAUGCACUCUCCAAACGGGCGGUUCGUGACCGUCGUCGGCGACGGCGAGUACAUCGUGUAUACGGCGCUCGCGUGGCGGAACAAGGCGUUCGGGAACGGCAACUCAUUCGCAUGGGCGGGCGACUCGAACACGUAUGCGGUACUCGAGGGGCGCCUGAAGGUGCGCGUGUAUAAGAACUUCAGGGAGAGGGGCGGCGCAGGAAUGAAGGGCGCGGGCUCGUGGAGCAUCGAUGCUCUCCACGGAGGCACCUUGCUUGCAGCGCGGGGGAGCGGGUUCGUGGUCUUCUGGGACUGGGAGUCGGGCGAUGUUGUGCGGAGAAUCGAAGUGGAUGCCAAAAACGUCUUCUGGUCAGGGUCUGGAAAUCUGGUCACGAUCGCUACGGAGGAGUCCUACUUCGUCCUGCGAUACGACCGAGAUGCAUACAACGCAAAACUUGAAGAGGGCGCAGUCAUCAGCGAUGAGGGUGUCGAGGAGGCAUUCGAGCUGGUCGCUGAGAUAUCCGAAGUAGUGAGAACCGCGAAAUGGAUUGGCGACUGCUUCAUCUACACAACAGCAGCCAACCGACUGAACUACUUCAUCGGAACUGAGUCGUACACAAUCACGCCCUUCGACACACCACUGUAUAUCCUUGGCUACCUCCCAGCACACAACCGGGUAUACCUAGCAGACAAGGACAUGAAUGUGUUCAAUUAUCUCCUGUCGCUUGCAUUGGUCGAGUAUCAGACUGCUGUCCUUCAGGAGGACAUGGAGGCAGCUGCAGAGAUCCUGCCAACCAUUCCGAAGGAACAGCGGACUAAGGUCGCAUCGUUCCUCGAGGCCCGGGGUCUCAAGGAGCUCGCGCUACAAGUCACGACUGACCCAGACCACAAGUUCGAUCUCUCACUACAAUUGGAUGACUUGGAUGCGGCAGUCGACAUCGCACGGACAGUGCCUGAGCUGGAGGCAGAGGCCAAGUGGAAGCAGAUUGGCGACAGAGCACUUGCUGUCUGGCGGUUCGAUCUCGCGCGUGAGAGCUUCGAAAAGGCUGGCGACCUCAGCGCCUUGAUGCUGCUUCUGCUGGCCGUCGGUGACAGAGAUGGCCUUGCCAAGCUAGCAGCAACGGCCGAGCUUAAGGGCCAGAACAACCUCGCGUUUGCGUCGCUGUUGCAGCUUGGUGAUCCGAAGCCUUGCGUAGACCUCCUUGUGAAGACGCACCGGGCGCCGGAGGCGGCCAUGUUCGCGCGAGCAUAUGCGCCAAGCAAAGUGCCAGACGCUGUGGACGCGUGGCGGGCAGAGUUGAAGACGAAGGGCCGCACAAAACUUGCUGCUGCGGUCGCGCACCCUGAGGGAUGGCAGGACGCGCUUGUCCGUGAACGCGGCGACGCGCAACAGCCUUCCGAGCCACUUGUCAAUGGCACUUCAGGUGAGUGAGCAUCACUGUUCGUUGGCCUGCAGGCUGUCACGGUCUCACGGCGAUACCAUGAAUAGCAGCGGAGGCAGAGGAACCGCCGGAGGAGUGAAGUGAUUAUAGCUCAGCGAUUUCGUUAUGUGGGUAAGGGGUCGUCAGUCGCGGAUUGUCCGCAAGGGGCGAGAGAGCGAGCUAUCCCAAAACCAGGACGGGUUCGUUAUUGAUGGACGAUAGUGUAAAUGUUAUUUAUUUUGUCUGUUGAGCCUCGUACGUCGGAAUCCACGACGCCACGACGGAGGUUUGAGCAGCCGAUGCGGUGUGGAAGGAUGGAGAAGGGCCUG